UGAUGCGAUAUCUAGAAUAAACCAAAAACAAUUGGUUUGUUUUGCUAGUCAGUGAAGGGGCUUGCAAGGACAUCAAUCCCUGAUUGGUUGUGAUGCUGGGGAAAGUAUACACACCCUUGCGAUGCAUGGAAAUUCGAGUUGUUCUUUAACUGAAGAACUAUAAAAACGAAUACGGGACCUUCUGGAAAUCAUUCUCAUUUUACGAGAGCAACAGUUAACAAUUCUGAGAAAAAUGGCUUUCAAGUUUGUCCUUUUGGCGACCCUUCUCGCUGCGGCCAAUGCUGGAGUCAUUGCCCCACAUGGUCAUGCAUCGUCUCAUCAAUCGAUCCAGCUCCACCAUUCUGCCCCAGUUCAUCAUGUAGCUGCUGUCCAUGCUGCACCAGUUCACCACGUGGCCGCUAUCCAUGCUGCUCCUGUCCAUCACACCGUCGUGAAGGAAGUCGAGCACCACGCUCCAGCCAACUACGAAUUCUCCUACUCCGUCCACGAUGAGCACACCGGAGAUAUCAAGAGCCAGCACGAAACCCGUCAUGGAGAUGAAGUCCAUGGACAAUACAGCCUGAUCGAUUCCGAUGGCCACCACCGUAUUGUUGACUACCAUGCUGAUCAUCAUUCUGGAUUCAAUGCCGUCGUCCGUCGUGAACCAACCAACGUCAAGAUCGCCCAACCAGUGCACAAGGUCAUUGCUCAGCCAGUGCAUAUUGCCACCCAUGCUGUCGCUCCGGUGCAUCAUGCCACUAUCUCUCACCAUCAUGCUGCUCCCGUUUAUCAUGCCACCGUAUCCCACCACCAGCAUGCGGCUCCAGUGAUUGAGCACGUUUCGCACCACCACGCCGCCCCCAUUGUCCACUCUCACAGCACCCACCAUGUUGUUCCAGUAGUCCAGCAUGUUUCCCAUGUUGCUCCAGUUGCUCACUACAGUCAUCAUGAUGGACAUCAUGCCAGUGGUCACUACAGUCAUUACUAGAAUGCAACCGUCGGAGAUAACAACAAACUAGCUCGUUGAACCUGAUAAUGUAAUGUAGAUGAAAUGUUUAUAGAAUAAAGAUUCAUUUUAUACAAA